AGAGCGAGGCUGGCGGGCUGCGCUGGGGCAGAGUCGGGAUGUGGCUGUUCGGGGUUGUGCUCUGCGCUGUCGGCCUCGUUCCGGCCGCGGGGCAAAAAGGUGGACAACCAGAAGUGGUCACCAAAUAUGGGCGACUCCUAGGAAAACAGAUCAGCGUAGCUGGAGCUGACAGACUUGUGAAUGUCUUUCUUGGAAUUCCUUUUGCAAAACCACCUGUUGGACCUCUUAGGUUUUCCCCACCACAACCACCUGAACCAUGGAGCAAUCUGAGAGAUUCAACUUCCUUCCCACCGAUGUGUCUACAAGACCUGGAGUGGGUAGAAACGAUGAAAAUAAUUGAAAAAUUUGAAAAUCCUACCACUGAAAUUUCUGAAGAUUGUUUAUACCUGGAUGUCUACACUCCUGCCUCUUCAAACAAGAAAGCCAAGUUACCUGUUAUGGUGUGGAUUCAUGGAGGAGGUUUCGCGCUAGGUGGAGCUUCAGCAUACGAUGGGUCAGCAUUGACUGCCUAUGAAAACGUGGUCGUGGUAAUCAUCCAGUAUAGGCUGGGUAUCCUUGGAUUCUUGAGUACUGGUGAUGAAUACGCUCGUGGAAAUUGGGGGUUGCUGGAUCAAGUGGCAGCUCUGCAGUGGGUUAAGGACAACAUUGAUACUUUUGGUGGAGAUCCAGAAUCUGUCACCCUGUUUGGAGAAUCUGCAGGAGGAAUCAGCAUUGGUGCUAAUAUUCUUUCUCCCAUGUCCAAAGGCUUGUUCCACAAAGCCAUAUCACAGAGUGGGGUUGUGACCUUACCUGGUAGUAUUACUUCUAAGCCUCAAGUUCUUACUCACGUCAUUGCUAAUCUAGCUGGCUGUGAGAUGACCAGUUCUGCAAUAGUUAAUUGUUUAAGGAAAAAAACAGAGAAGGAAUUAGUGACUGUAACUACAGAUUUCCUUAAGCAAAUUGAUUAUAUCCCUCCAACUGUAGAUGGUGUGUUUUUUCCAAAGGAAGUAGAUAAGCUGCUGGCUGAUAAAGAGUUCAGCACUGUCCCAUAUAUGGUGGGAGUAAAUAAUCAUGAAUACGGCUGGAUUAUUCCAAAGUUAUUUAAAUUCCCGUCCCUACAAGAAAGGAUGCACAGAGAAGACAUUAUUUCGGGAUUAGACAAAAUAACAUCAGCGUUGAUGCUUCCUGCUGAGUUUCUCUCUUCCGUAGCAGAUGAGUAUUUAGGAGACACAAAUGACCCUGAGGAGCUGAGAGCCCAGUUUCAAGAAAUGUUGGGAGACUUCUUCUUCAUUUUUCCAGCUGUUCAAGUAGCUAGAUACCACAGAGAUUCUGGCGCUUCAGUCUACUUCUAUGAAUUCCAGCAUCGACCCAGUAUAUUUAAAGAUACUAAACCACAUUUUGUAAAGGCAGACCAUGGAGAUGAAAUUGGCUUUGUCUUUGGAAAUCUGUUCAUUUCAGGCAACUCAGUCUUAAUUGGUAAUGGUACAGAGGAAGAGAAACAGCUUAGCCGAAAAAUGAUGAAAUAUUGGGCUAACUUUGCACGGAAUGGAAAUCCUAAUGGCGACGAUUUGAUGGAAUGGCCUGUCUUUGACCUGAAGGAGCAAUACCUGGAAUUUAAUCUAAAGCAAGGGAAAGGACAGAAACUAAAAGAGAAGAGAAGAGAAUUCUGGACAAAAACCUUAGCUGAGAAACUAAAAACAAUCAAGGACAAGGAAAAACGCACAGAGCUAUAACUGGUAACAUUUUAUAAUAGUUCUUUCAGUUUGUCUAAGCAAAAUGCUGAUCUGAUAAUUGUGGUUCAAAUUUUUACACCUUGAAUAGGAUCUUAAAGGUUUCCUUAAAGUUGAUCUUAAUGAUAAGAUGGGAAGUGGUGCCAAACCCAAAUGUCCACCCAUUUGGUUCAGAUGUUUACUCCUUUGAAGAUAAAAACUGUCUUUCCUUGUGGAUUAGUAGUAGAGUUAGUGGUGCUGUAGCUAUGAUGAACAAAGUAAUAUGUGAGAACCAAGGGGUUUUGAUGAUAACUUUUAUUGGACUAACUUCAAAAGCCACUGACCAAUAAACACCAAAUGGCACUUAACCAUACCCAAAUAACAAGUGCAAAACUUAUCAACACCUCUCCACUACCAGUACAAGCAACACCACGCUGCAGCAAAACCCUCAGAGUCCACAGGUCCUACACAUGCCUAUCACAGAAAACGGUGCAUCUCAUCCGGUGCAUCUGAUGCCCCCAUGGAGGUUAUGUGGGUGAAACUAAACUACUACAGCACUCCCAAAUUAAUUCAAAAGGGAAAAAAUAUCCAGUCAGCAAAGGAAAACACUUUUCAUUAUUGUCGUACUGAAUUAAAUCUGCAGAAGACCUCCAGAACAUGGACCUGGAAACAAAAAUUCCUAAAUUUACUGGACACUAAAAACCACAGGCAAUGGCUCAUGAUAAUUUGCCUGCUCUUUAAUUUCUCUAUACUCUCUGGAUAGAAGUGAGCCUCUUUAUUUUUGAAUGUUCCUAUUCUUUCACAUAAUUAGGUUAUCUAGUUCAACUGCCCUUUUACUCGUCUGUAGCAGUUUCUGAUAACUUCUUUGCUCCCCAUUUUUACAGCCCUCUUCUGCUGCUUUAAACUGCUUUCGUUUACCUACUGGAGCUAAACAGAAAUCAGCGUUUUAUCUGGAAUUUAGCUUCGGCACUGUGCUUCAUUUCCAGACCUGAAGAAGAGCACUUUGUGCCGAGAACUUAUUUACUAAGCUACUCCCAGCUAUUCAGUUUGUCCUCUAAAAUAUAUCGCCAAAAAGCACACCCUUGCGUCUCAAAUUAGCACUGCUUCUCGGGAUUGUUAAUGUUCUGACUGAACUUGCACCUGUGCUGCACUUGGGUCUCUCUCUGAUGCGAGGGUCGCGUUCCAAAAAAGCCUCGCAUAAAGCAAAUCCAUUCUUACGUGUAAUUAAUAGGGAUGUGUACUAGCCACCUUUUUUUGCUUCUCGGCUGGCUCAGGAGGAGGGUUAGGAGAUACACUAGAAGGUCACUUAGACGACAUUUCACUAAAUUCAAUAAUAAAAGCGAAUAGACGCUCCACAAUAUGAGUGCAAAUAGCGUAGCACCACACAGAGCAAUGGUCGAUGUGAGACUGAGGCAAGUGCACGAUGGCGUCGCAUACCCUCCUCACUUGCCUUCCCACAAUGCAUCACUCGCAUCACGGCAUAGCCACGUUGCAUGCUUCUUCGCAUAAGAUCAGUUUUUUUUCUCACACAAAGCGAGUUUCUGGUAUAGAUAAGGUCAUCGCAUAUAAGCAAAAUAGCAC